AUGGAUGAUAAACCUCUAUUGCGUCAUCAACAUGUUCAUCGUUCACGUACUACGAUUAAUGAGUUAAUCACUUCCUAUUACCAUACAAUACCUGAACCAGAACCACAAAUUAUACCAUUAUUAUCGUCUACCGGGUUCCAACAUAUUGCCUUAAUCAAACAGUGUAAAAUUGAUCCUGCAUUGAUCACUGCAUUGGUUGAACGAUGGAGGCCUAAAACACAUACCUUUCACCUGCCAUGGGGAGAGUGCACCAUCACACUCGAAGAUGUUGCACUUCAUCUAGGCAUUAGAGUCGAUGGUCGUGUUGUGACUGGACCUAACUUCUUACAUUGGGAUGAGUUAUGCCACGAGUUACUAGGGGAAGUCCCUCCCGAAAAUGCACGUAAAGGAGCCGCACUGAAGCUAACAUGGUUGCUAAACAUGAUGCGCACACCAUUGCCUGAAGAACCAACAACGCACCAACUACAAUACAGGUGUAGAGCUUACAUAAUGUACAUGAUUGGCGGUGCUUUAAUUCCUGAUAAAUCUGGAAAUAGAGUUCAUUUAAUGUAUUUGAACCUAUUACGUGAUUUGAACAACACAAAAAAAUAUAGUUGGGGUUCGGCUUGCUUAGCAAACCUGUAUAGAGAACUAUGUCGAGCAUCAUCGGAGGUUGGUAAAUCUAUGGGUGGUUGUGUCAUACUAUUGCAGUCAUGGGCUUGGUACCACAUGCCUUUUAUUGCACCAAGAGUCCCACGACCAGAAACAACUUUUCCACUGGCUAAAAGAUGGAGUGGUGGUAGAUUAGAAUAUAGGGCCACACCGCAUGGUGACUUAGUCGGAUAUAGGUCUCGUAUAGAUCAUAUGGAGAGCCAUGAGUUUUCUUGGAUCCCAUAUAGAGGAUUUGAAGAACACCUACCCAGAUGUGCAUAUAGAGACAUGGAGAUUUGGUCUGCAUGUACUGCAAUUAUUUGUUUCUCGAUUGUCGAAUGGCAUCAAACAAAUCGAGUGAAGCUACAGUUUGGACUACAACAAGAUAUCCCUGUUGAUCCCAUGAAUCUUGAUUUACUUCACCAAAUUGACAUGCGAGGCAAUCAUUACACUGAUUGGAUGGAAUAUCAUGCGGAGUGGAUUAAUAUCUGGAAAAACAAACACAACGAUAUUUUAGCUGGUCAAUGGGUUGAAGGAAUAGUGACACAUACACCAACGUACAUGGAAUGGUAUAGAAAAAACACUACUUUGUUCUUGUCUAUUGAACAACAACUACAUGAUCCACGCACAACAAUUACACAAAAUGUUGCAAGGUCAGGUGUUGAACAAACACAUUUUGAAAUUCCACAUCCUCAGUCAAUGUAUUCUACUCCUUCACCUGUUCAUCAAACUUUUGGCCACACUGGCGAGUCAGUCACCGCAACCACCCAUGAAUGGAUGACCGAUUUAUUUGGCGUCGAUUUCAAUACACCAAAUUCAGCGGCAUCAUAUUUAGCUACUUUACAACAGUUCGAUGCACCGCAUUCGUUAGGAGAACAAGGUGAAAGUUCUUCAGCUGCAACAACCAACAUUGAAAAUACUAACAUAGAACAACAACAUGAUCAUAACGUGGAAGAACCAGUCAUACUGGAAAGAAGAAAUCCUCGACGUAAUCGGCGUCCACCACCUUGUGGGAUUGGUCAUCGUCUUGGUCAUUGA